AUGACAUGACUUGACAGCCGAACAAAAAUUACGGCGUGGAUUUAUGGUUAAAAUUUUGCGGAACUGUCUGUUGCUUGUUUUAUUUAAUAUCUUGUUAAUUUUGAUAAAGUUUUAUGCACUUUACAUUACCUUUACUGGUAAUUGUUUCUUAAAGUUGUUAAUGUUACUAUAAUGACCGAUAUUUUGAAAGUUUUAAGACAAAGUUUGUGCGUAUCAUUCAGCGUAGCGCGUAAGUCGAGCUCCCCGGUGUUUGGUGUAUUAUAGCAGCGGCAGACCGUAAUUUAUGAAAUGGUGCCGAUGUUUUUCGCUAGCGGGUCUAAAGAGAACAUCAUUUGUUUGUGAUUAUUCAUUUAUAUUGAGCACAAGGGCUGAGAAAUGUAUCCAACUCCGUCGCGGCAUCCGGCCGCCGCGGUAAGGGGGCCGCAACCAACAGCAGGGUCUAUUAAAUUUACCAUUGCGGACACAUUGGAAAGGAUAAAAGAGGAAUUCAACUUUUUACAAGCUCAAUAUCACAGUUUAAAAAUAGAAUGUGAAAAGUUGGCCAGUGAAAAAACAGAAAUGCAAAGACAUUAUGUGAUGUAUUAUGAAAUGUCUUACGGCUUGAAUGUGGAAAUGCAUAAACAGACUGAGAUAGCAAAACGGCUUAGCGCAAUAAUUGGCCAGGUACUUCCUUUUCUGGCCCAAGAGCACCAGCAACAAGUGGCUUCAGCAGUCGAGAGAGCAAAGCAAGUCACCAUGUCUGAACUUAAUGCUAUCAUCGGGGUGAGUAUCAAAUAUCAACAACAACAACAAGGUCUACAACAGCUCCUUCAACAAAUCCACGCGCAAGCAGGGCUGGGCGCGCACGGAGUGGGGUCCGCGGCGGGGCUGCUAGGGGCGGGUGUUUUGUUCCCGGGAGCAGGCCCCCCUCCCCCGCCGCAUCUGCCGCCCCCCGCUCAUAAGGUGGAGUUACCCCCGCCGGCGGACAUCAAACCACCUCUUCUAGGCGCUGUGCCCCCAGUACCACCGCAUCCUCACCCGCCCCGCGACGACGCCAGAUUGCAACAGUUAAUGUUACAGAGGCGUUCCGUUUCCCCGCACGAAAGGGAACAGAAAUACCGGCCACGCUCGCCGGCCGAGCCCGAAGCGUUGGACGUCAAACGUAGGAAGGAGGAGAAGGUACUCAGUCAUGUGAGUCUGUGUAGUGACAGCGACGCGGAGAAAAGUGAUCAAGAUCUUGUUGUAGAUGUCGCUAAUGAGGAAGAAAGAGGAUCGCCCAGCGUACGCACGGACGGCGGAGAGAGGGCGGAAAAUGGCCCGCGACCUCCUUCGCGGUCGGGGUCCUCUUCUAGUAGAUCUACACCCAAGAGUUCCAAAGAUGAGAAGCCCGGCACGCCGACCGCGAAGUCGGGUCGCGCGCCGACGCCGACGGGACCCGCGCGGUACGGGUUCCCGUACGCGUACCGUCCCGCCGGCGCCGCGCCCUACGACGCGCCCCACGCGCCCCACGCGCCCCACGCGCCCCACGCGAGGCCCAACGGGAUCGGACCCACCAAGUCUGCAUAUUCCUACCACUCUUGCGGGGGUCCCCUCCAACCAGUAGGAUUUCCAGCCGAUGCAUUACUAGCUCCUGGGGUCCCUAGGGCUGUCAGACAAGCAACUUCGUUACCCCAUGGAGAAGUUGUGUGCGCGGUAGCCCUGUCACUGACUGGGGGAGCGAGACGUGCAUAUACAGGAGGAAAGGGAUGCGUGAAGCUGUGGGAUAUUAGCAAUCCUGGGUCGCCGGCUGCGCUAGAGCCGUUAUCUCAGUUGGAUUGUUUGCAACGCGACAACUACAUUCGCUCAGUGAAGCUGCUGCCGGACGGGCGCACGCUGAUCGUGGGCGGGGAGGCCUCCAACCUGUCCAUCUGGGACCUCGCCGCGCCCACACCGCGCAUGCGCGCUGAGCUCACCUCCUCGGCUCCCGCGUGCUACGCGCUGGCCAUCAGCCCGGACUCCAAGGUAUGCUUCAGUUGCUGUUCAGACGGCAACAUAGCUGUGUGGGAUCUCCAGAAUCAAACUUUAGUUAGACAAUUCCAAGGCCAUACAGACGGCGCGUCCUGCAUAGACAUAAGUCCGGACGGCACGCGGCUGUGGACGGGAGGUCUGGACAACACCGUGCGCUCGUGGGAUCUGCGCGAGGGCCGCCAGCUGCACCAGCACGACUUUAACAGCCAGAUAUUCUCGCUCGGGUACUGUCCCACCGGCUCGUGGCUGGCGGUGGGCAUGGAGAACUCGCACGUGGAGGUGCUGCACGCGGGCAAGCCGGACCGCUACCAGCUGCUGCUGCACGAGUCGUGCGUGCUGUCGCUGCGCUUCGCGCUCAGCGGCAAGUGGUUCGUGUCCACGGGCAAGGACAACCUGCUCAACGCCUGGCGCACGCCCUACGGCGCUAGUAUAUUCCAGUCUAAAGAAUCAUCGUCGGUGUUGAGUUGCGACAUCUCCUCGGACGACAAGUUCAUAGUGACGGGGUCCGGGGACAAAAAGGCGACCGUGUACGAGGUUAUGUAUUGAGGACUGCAAUCUCAUAGAUACUGUGACUGACGGUUACUGCCGCUGGCGGGCCGCCCACUGGAAAUCGUGUAGAUUUAACACAAAGUGGUCUUAGCAAGAACGUAUCAUUAUAUCAACAAUGUCCAAAUUUAUGUGGAAUUUUUAAAGGCAGAUUUUUAAUAAAAUUAAGAGUGAGAUGUGAAAUUGUGAUGAAAUAAAACCGUAAGUCCAUUUCAAGAUUGUGUUUUGUCAUGGAUUUUGUUUCCACAUUCAGUAAAUGGCAAAAAUACUUGAACUUCAAGUCAAAUAUAUACAAUACACCAUAAAUAUACACAAUUUUCAUUGAACGCCCGACAUUUUCGGCAUUACGUGUAAUUUUAGCUGUAAGGAAAUAGAUCAAUGUUGCACCGUUAAACGUGGAUAUUUUAGCGUUAUUGUAUAUUUUUAUAAUAAAAUAAGAAAUUAAUUUUUAUUAUUUUGUAAGUUUAGUUAAUAUCGGCGGUCCAUUUUUAGUGUUUAUCGUAUCAAAUUUUUACAGAUUUAUAAGACUAUGAAGGCUUAUAGAGAUUUUUUGUAAUCUGGCAAAUUUAUUGAGCUGCUAUAACUAGGUUGUUAUGUCCUAUUUUUAUCGAUAUAAUCGUUUUAUUUGUAUGUGACUUACUUUACGACUGAAAUUGUAUGAAAAUAUUUUAUUAUAUUUUCAAAAAUUACAUUACAUGAAAGUAUUUUCGUGAAAUGAUUUUAUUUGAAUAUCGAUUAAUGUGAAAAACUCGAAUGUUGUGAUCAGCAAUCCACUCUCAUUAUUCAUUCAAGAAGUAGCCGGCGGUAAAUAAAAAGGGGCCAAAAAAUAAUUACAUGUAGGGACCACGGGGGUUUGGAUUAACGAAGCAAUAUAUUUCAUUAAUGUAUUUGUAAAUUAUUUUCAAUGUUGAUCUUCAACAAUUUUUAUUGCCCGAUUAUUUAUUUAUCGGCGGCAUCUGUAUAUUUUAAUGAAUCAUCGUGUAAUAUUUUAGAUAAAAAAAACGCUUUUCUUUGUCAUCUGUACGGUGCGUUAUAUAUUUUAUUUUUCUGACGAAAUUUAGUAAUGUCUGACUAUGAAUAAAUCUGUGAUGGUUAGGUUUUGAUAAUUUUUAAACAACCUUGUAGAAGUACAAGAUCAAGUUCCUUAUUUUAAUGCAAAUUUUGUUCGUCAAGAUCAUUUGAGCGUUAUCUAGGUUGAUUACCAUACGAUAAUCAAAAUUUUUAUACAAAAAGGAAUUCAUUUGAAUCCAAUUUAAAAAUUGGAAUGUAAUACCAUGUGAUUAGUCCUAAAUGAAUAGUGUGAUGGAGAAUUAGUAUUUUCUGAUCCAUACUAAUAUUACAAAUGUGAAAGUGUGUUUGUCCAUCUUUCACGUCAAAACGGAGCACUGGAUUGAGGUGGUUUUUGGCGUGGAGAUAGUUGCAGAACUAAAAAAUGGCAUAGGGUACUUUUUACCACGAGCGGAGCCGCGGGCACUAACCAGUUUUUUAAUAUGGUAAAGUAAAUAAAUAAUACGUUGACUGCUGGCAGUGUAGGGAGGUGCACGAGUGAUACAUUCCAUAUCCAUUACACCACAACCUAAAAUAAAUUGUCGGUUGUACAAAGUGUGAACACAACAUUUUAUAUAAUUCAAAUCAUUGAUUCUUACGUACGAUCUAUGAAUUCCUUUAUACGCAUUCUUGACAUUGUUAUUUUCCUAUAAAAUUGGAUUGUAUUACUUUAAUUAUAUUUAUUAUUUCUAUUAAAAUAUUUUAUUUUU